AUGGCUCCUCAACGCAAAUACACCUCCGUCCUAAACGACAUCAUGCAUGCUGCUCAAGUCAACGAGCUCGGCUUCACCGAAGACGAAAUCGAAGAGAAAAUCUGGCAUAUCUACGAGGAGAUUUGCCGCCAUGUAUCCGUCCAUGACCCGGAACUAGAUUACGAUGGCAAGCAAUGGCUCGCUGAGCUUUUAGCCUGGGAGGAGCUCUUUCCCUACGAUAAAGACCAAUUCCUUGGUACCCGUCCUCCAAGUCUGCCCAAACAUCAGCACCCGAGAUAUAUCGCACCGAAUGGGUUGCCGUUCUGCGGGUGCUGCGCUUGUAUGAGUUGGGAGCAGGGUGAUCUGCGAUGUCCCUUCAUCCGGGUUGAGAAGUGUGGCAAGUCGGGUCAUGAUGAAUUCAAGUACAGGAUUGGAACCGAGAUUGAGGGCGAGACACGCUGUCCUGCUUGUAAGGAGGACGAGAAGAAGAAUCAGGAGGGAGCUGGCUGGGUCUUUGUUGAGAAGGAAGAGCAGAGUUAUGGGGAUAGAGAGGCUGAUGGCUAG